GCCCUGACAGCCGCGGGAGAGAGCGGCUGAGCGCACCUCGGGCCCCGCCGCCUAGCUGCUGACAGCCUCCCGGCGCGCCGGUCCAUGCUGGUCCCGGUCUUUGUUCUGGGGCCGGCGCCGAGACAUGCGCGGCUGACGAUGGAGGUGGAGGACUCGGGCGGCGUGGUUCUGACCGCCUACCACUCGUACGCCCGCGCCCAGCCCCCCAGCGCCGAGUCGCGCUGCGCGCCCCGGGCCGCCGCCAGCCACCCGCUCAGCAGAAAAUCCAUUCCUCACUGCCGAAGAAUUAACAGGAUGCUGUCCAAUGAAUCCCUCCACCCUCCUGCCUUCAGCCGCUCCAACUCAGAAGCCUCCGUAGACAGCGCCUCCAUGGAGGAUUUCUGGCGGGAAAUAGAAAGUAUUAAAGAAAGCAGCAUGGGAGGGCAAGAAGAGCCACUGCCAGCUGAGGUCACACCUGUGGAUGAAGGAGAACUUGAAGCAGAAUGGCUGCAAGAUGUGGGUUUAUCAACUCUGAUCUCAGGUGAUGAAGAAGAAGAUGGUAAAGCCUUACUCUCUACAUUGACUCGAACCCAAGCAGCUGCCGUGAAAAAAAGAUAUAAUACCUAUACCCAAACCAUGAGGAAAAAGAAUAAGCAGUCUGUCAGGGAUGUCAGAGACAUUUUUGGAGUCAGUGAAUCUCCUCCACGUGAGACCUGUGACAACCACACUAAUCAGUUGGAUGGCACCCAGGAAGAAACAGAGCUUCCAAGAGUUAUCAAGACAAGUGGUUCCAUGCCAGAUGAUGCUUCUCCCAACAGUACUACCCUGUCUGACGCAUCCCAGGAUAAAGAAGGGAGUUUUGCAGUUCCCAGGAGUGACUCUGUGGCUCUACUUGAGACCAUUCCGGACCUACCAGUUCAUUCCAAUGGAUCACCGGAGCCUGGACAGCCAGUUCAGAAUGCCAUGAGUGAUGAUGAUUAUCUGGUAAAGAACAUUCCACCAGAGGCUGAAGAGCUGUCGUUUGAAGUCUCUUAUUCAGAAAUGGUUACAGAGGCUCUAAAAAGAAAUAAACUUAAGAAAUCAGAGAUUAAGAAAGAAGACUAUGUUUUAACUAAAUUCAUUGUUCAGAAAACCAGAUUUGGCUUAACGGAAGCAGGAGAUCUGUCUGCUGAAGACAUGAAGAAAAUCCGCCAUCUCUCUCUGAUUGAAUUGACAGCCUUUCUUGAUGCCUUUGGAAUUCAACUGAAAAGAAACAAAACAGAGAAAGUUAAAGGACGAGACAGUGGGAUUUUUGGAGUUCCGCUUGCAGUCCUCCUGGACAGUGAUCGAAAGAAAGACCCUGGAGUGAAAGUUCCCCUGGUGUUACAAAAAUUUUUUGAGAAAGUCGAGGAAUCGGGUCUGGAAUCUGAAGGAAUUUUUCGACUUUCGGGAUGUACCGCUAAAGUCAAGCAAUACCGUGAAGAACUGGAUGCCAAGUUCAAUGCUGAUAAAUUUAAAUGGGACAAAAUGUGCCAUAGAGAAGCUGCAGUAAUGUUGAAAGCAUUUUUCAGAGAACUACCCACCUCUCUCUUCCCUGUGGAAUAUAUACCUGCCUUCAUCAGUCUAAUGGAAAGAGGGUCUCAUGUCAAAGUACAGUUUCAAGCCUUACACCUCAUGGUCAUGGCGCUGCCUGAUGCCAACAGAGAUACAGCUCAGGCCCUCAUGACAUUCUUCAAUAAAGUGAUAGCCAAUGAAUCAAAAAACCGAAUGAGUAUGUGGAAUAUUUCUACGGUGAUGGCACCAAACCUUUUCUUUAGUAGAAGUAAACACUCUGAUUAUGAAGAAUUACUGUUAGCAAAUACCGCGGCCCACAUCAUCCGCCUAAUGCUUAAGUAUCAGAAAAUUCUGUGGAAGGUUCCAUCUUUCUUAAUCACUCAAGUAAGAAGAAUGAAUGAAGCCACGAUGCUGUUAAAGAAGCAACUCCCGAGUGUCAGGAAGCUGCUCCGGAGGAAGACCCUCGAGCGGGAGACUACAAGCCCCAAGACUUCAAAGGUACUGCAAAAAUCGCCCUCAGCAAGAAGAAUGUCUGACGUGCCGGAAGGAGUCAUACGAGUCCAUGCUCCACUUCUCUCCAAGGUGUCCAUGGCCAUUCAACUCAACAAUCAAACCAAAGCCAAAGACAUACUGGCAAAGUUUCAGUAUGAAAACAGUCAUGGUUCAUCAGAAUGUAUUAAGAUUCAGAACCAAAGGUUAUAUGAAAUUGGAGGAAAUAUAGGAGAGCAUUGCUUGGAUCCAGAGGCUUAUAUAUUGGAUGUAUAUCAUAUAAAUCCUCAAGCAGAAUGGGUGAUUAAACCCCAACAAAGUUCUUAAAAUACCCUCAAAAUAGCUGCUAUCAUGCAUUAUAUGCCAAAAAGAUCCUACAUUUUGGUAGGGAAAAACAACACUCGUUGACAUGUUUGUUCCUACGGCCUUCUCAGUAUUUCUGGCCCUCAGCAGUGGGCAUUGUCUAUGCAUGAACUACGGAAGAGGCGCUGGUUCACCAGUUCAACUGAAGCUUUCUCGUGACUUUUUUUUUUUAAUAAAAGUAAAGGAAAGAUGAUGUGGUCCUUCCAGAAGAAAGACCAAUUUAGAAUAUGGAACUCUAAUUACUUCUAGUAUUUCAACUUCCUAGCAGAAAUGAACUUGGCCCUAGACCUGGGGAUAAGCAACAGUUCGUUCUGUUGCCAAUGCUGCCAAACGGAAGAGGGGAAAGAGACCCUUUAUUAUACUUAAUGUACAUAUAUUGACUUUUUGAGUGAGAAUGCCAGAAAUAGCCUUCAUUUCUACCCUGCGAAAUCAUCCUGAUCUGCUUUCCAAAGAGAAUCAGUUUCUGAAGUGAAACAUACAAUAUUUAUGCUCUGACUCACUUCUGAAUUGGAGGAGGAAGAACUUCAUCUAAAGAAAACUGUAUUGUUAUGCACAGCAGACUGUGUGUUGUGACUAUCAGCUUUCUGGUGCAAAUGAACUUUUCUCUGUCAUCGACUGUGGAAAACUGAUACUUUUAACGCAUAUUCUUCUGUGAGCACAGGUCCUCCUAGUGAAGCUUAGUUUGACAAAGGGUGUCUUAUGCUUCCCUAACCUUAUUUGUAGUUAACAUUCACAGAGCCUGUAUUUUCUCAUUAUGGUUGUGGUGCUCAGUAUCUUUCCAAGUAACAGGCAUAGACUUCCUUUUCUCAUCAAACAUACCAUUUGUUAUAUUUCACAACUAUACUCAGUCACUUUUGCAGCCCCAGUUUAAAAAUGCAGAAUUGCUUUAUCCAAAAAUGCGGAAAAAUACUGUUAUGUCCAGGGUUUUUAAACUAUAAAAGCAGAUUGUGCUUUUGUUUGUUAGUCACAGGCAUGGCCGAGUCCUGUGGAUUAGCCUGAGGCUUAAAAUCAGGUGCAUGUCUGGUAAGAUGAACACUCGCUAUCAAGAGCCUGCAGAGCCAUUUUCCAGACCUGCAAUUGGCCAGAACACAUAGUCUCCACAUUUCUAACUCGGAGCAAAUCUAAAACGUGCUGAGGGAUUGGACAACUCUGCCUUUCUGCUUGGGACUGUGGGUAUAGCCCUUCUUGGGCUAGCUGGAAAGGGAGCAGAGUUCUCAUGUACCCCAGACGUAUGCUUCAGUUUGGCAUCUACACGUUGAGAUUUUGAUGAAUUAUAUUGGAUUUAAUGAGGUCCAAACGACUCUCUCUUAUAAUUCAAGCAGUAGACAAAGUUGCUCACAAAUGCAGGAAACAUCUUUUUGUCUACUUAGCAAAACAUGAUGGUAUUUUAAACCUAUUUGUAGAAGAAAUAUCAAAACAUGAUAAUAUUUUAAGCCCAUUUGUAGAAUAAAUCUUUUAUAUGAUGUACCUUGAUGUCUAUGCAAAACAUUGCUUAUAUAAACAUGUAGAUAACAUUUCUGACAUUUGGGAUUCUGUUAUAUUUUUAUAGAAAACACAAGAUUCAUUCAUUUGAUUUGUUCAUUUGAGAAUUUUCAUUUCCUUUGCCUGAAAACCCACUAAAAGGAAACAUGCCUUCUAUAUAAAUUUAUAUUUAUUCCUACAUUUUAUUCAUUAUUAAUGUAUGUGUAAUUCGUGGCAUGUGACUUUACAUAAUGAAUUUCUAGAGUCUGAAAAAAAUGCUUCAUCAUUUUUGCAAUUCAGACAACAAGGAUAAACAUUUUUCUUUAUGUAAUUGCUGGAUCCCAAGACAUAAAAUGGCAGUAAUUUAUGACCACAUAUGGAAGAAAUUAUUCAAAUAGCUACCUUAGGUUUCUGCGUUAUAUGUGAAAACUGAGUAAUAUUUCUCAGUGUAUUUCCUCUCAUUCAAGUAGUUCAAUUCUGUUGUUUUUAUGUAGAAAAUUCACAAAUCUGUUCAUUUAAUUUUUUAUUUGAGAAUUUUUAUUUCUUUUGACUGAAACACAUUAGAACCUAUGGGUAAAUUCUGCAGGUUUUAAGAUUUACUUCAGCUCUGUCACCAGUUUCAAAUAAAUGCCUAAUAGAUAACAAGUAAAAUACAAUUUCUUAUCCACUUUCAUGUGGUUUUAAAUGGCAGAGACUUAGCUGAGUCAAUAACUGUAAUUGCUCUAGUUUAUUCAAGGAUAUUCAACAUAUAUAUAUAUAUAUAUAUAUAUAUAUAUAUGGAUGGAAGGCCAUGUCAAUACUAGUAUCAUUGAAUAUAACUUUUAUUCUUAAUCAGAGGGCUAAUUGAUUAGAGAAGAAUUUUUAAUAGAUACACAGACCAAUAUUUGUGUGGAUAAAGAGGUUUUUUUGACCAAUUUUAUUCUUAAGAAUAAACAAAUCCCUACAGUUAAAAUGCAGAGAUGCCUGUCAUCUAAGUAUUGAAAGAAUUCUUGCCUUAUCAAGAUUUGUUUUUAAAAAGUUUGAUGAAUUCAUAUAAACAAAUCAUAUCCUUGCAAGCAGAAGAAGAGCAGAUACUGGGCUUCUAUGUGCUAUCCCUAAGAGCUUCACAUCUCCACCCAUUCCUAGUGCUCUUGGUAUAUGCUUGGGAAAACAAUGUCCUCCAGGAGAAAGCACUAGAGGGAACUAACAUUUUAGGACCACUUAGUCGGAAAAAAACCCUAGAGUUGAUUCAUUUCUUCCCUCCAUCCUGCAAAAGAAGAUCCCUGUGUUAAGCAGCUCACUUGGGAAUAUGAUUCUUGGAGUCAAUGAUCUUUAACUGGAUUAUCAAUUAUUUACAACGUCUAUACAGUAUAAACUACCUCACUUGCCUUUCAUAGGGAAAAAAAUGAGUGGAUUUUAACCAUUGUUGUUACAAACUGUGCCUGAAUCUUGUUAUUUAAAUCACUUCAGUUAGCUUUCAAUAUGUGUUUAAUAAUAUACAUUUAAUGAUGCAAAAUAUUUUCAGCAAAGCUUUAAAACCAGAACUACUCUGUAAGUGUGAUCUGUGUGGGUAUAUGCUGAGAGAAUUCCUGUGCCCUGGUCAGGGUCUUGUGUUUCUAACCAUGUGCAGAUGCAAGUGUUCAGGAGUAGGAAUUAAUGUCCAUCUUUCCUUUCAGGCAUUUUCAUCUGUUGUCCACGUAUUUCACUUGACUGAAAGGUCACAUGAGUUAAAAUGUGCCUUCUUCCUAGAGAGCAUAUUUUAACUGUUCUUCAUAAACAUUUAUUUGCCUUAAAAGACUUUAUGUUAAGGGAUUAAAUAGUUUCUCUGACAGGCAGUUUUUAACUGUUUUCCAUAAAUAAAAAUAAUAUGACAUGGAAUUAAAAUGUUUGUUUUCAAGCAUUUGUAACAGUUUUACACACUUACAUACACCUUAAAUUUUUUUGUCAGGCAUUUACCAACUAUUUUCUAAAAUGAAUUUGAUUGACAAAUCAUGACACUAGAAAACACCAAUGUUUUAUGUCUUUACCCAUCUCAAAAGUUAAUGUUGAUUCUUCUGUUCCAUCAGCUUUCAUUGUUAAGUAGAAUAUGUAUGUUGCAUUUUAUCCGUAAGAAAUAAAGAGAAAAAAACUAAAAA